UGUUGGAGACUUAUGGCGGAGAGCGAUGACUGAGGAUCUGGAUGAAGAGGUCGUGUUCGAGAACUCUCCGCUGUUCCAGUACCUGCAGGAUCUAGGACACACUGAUUUUGAAGCAUGUUCACCCAUCUCUCAGGAGAAGGAGGAGAAGCUGCGUUACCAAGACAUCCUGCCUCAACCAAAAAAGGGUGGUUUUUGGAGGCUGGUUGAGGUGCUGCGCUCGGUAAGGCCGUUUAUCCAGAGUGACGCCCCUCUGCAGGUGGAACAGCAGCUGGACUCCGAGUUUCGGCAGUACUCUCUGCGCUGUGUGUUAUCUCAGGAUGUGCUGCUGCAGGAGGAUGUCGAGCUGAUCGAGUUGUUAGACCCCAGUGCCCUUUCUCUAAGCUCGAAUGGUACCACCUGCCCUAGUGCCACCUCAGCCCUGGCCGCACCCCGUCACCUCUCCCCACCGUCUAUAUGGGAUUUGUCAGCGUUGGUAGGGCUGCUGGCCGUCCUACUGGCCGUGUGGUGUUCUUGCCCUGAAGGCGAGCAGGGCCUGCUGUGGUUGUGCGUGUGCGCUGCGUGUGUGUUGUGUGUGCAUCGAGGUGUGUGCUUGUGGCGUAAGGCGGCGCUGCAGCGGCGGGUUCAGUCUCAGGCCGUCCAGCUGGAGAGUUUAGUGAUCAACAGUCGAGCUCUGACCAGCCUGGCACGCAAAUCCCUCCGCCUCAUCCAGGAGACCGAGGUCAUCUCACGUGGAUUUACCCUGGUGAGUGCGGCCUGUCCCUUUAACAGGGCGGGGCAUCUGCGCAGCCAGCAGCUGAUCGGUUUGAGGAAAGCGGCCUAUCAGAGCCUUCGCUGUGCGUUCCGGUCCUCCCGUAUCGCCACCUGCAUCAUGCUGAAAUCAUUUCCACUCAACUCCGAGAUCGACAAUGUCACCAACUACGUGUCGACGGUGCCGAUCAGAGAGCUGGGUCUCGGUCUGGGGGCAGAGCAUCUCUCUGACGAGCAGGCGCAGGAGCUCACCAACGACUACAGUCUGCCUGCCCUGAAGCUGCUGUUCCAGUUGUGGGUGGGUCAGAGCUCGGAGUUUUUCCGCCGUCUUGCCCUCCUUCUGUCCUCGGGUAAAGUGGAGCCAGAGUCCAAGCCUCGUCCCCUGGCCUACAACAGCGUGGCUAUAGUUACCGCCUCCCUGCAUCCCUCUCUGUCCGGCUGUCUCAGUGACCUGCAGCGCAGCUUUGAAUUCCAUCGUUACUUCGAGACGCAGCAGCGGUCGCUGAGCUCGGGCAGAACGAGUCGGGCGCAGCAGAAAUGCAGAGAACUCAACUCGCUACAUACGUCCAUCCGCAGCCUUCAGCUCCACCUGAAAGCCCUGCUCAGCGAGAUGAUCAUUCUGGAGGACGAGCUGGAGAAGCUGAUGGUGGCGAAGGAGUCUGAGGAGGUGACGUGUGCUGGAUACCAGGAGCUCCAGGAGCGCCUGCAAGUCCUGCACCCUCACAUGCAGGCCAGUUCGUGCUGCUGGGAGGACAUGACUGGGCAGGUGGACCGCAUGCUGCGCAGAAUCACCAACUGCCCAGAUGGUGCAGACAGUCCAACGGAAGCACCUGGACCCGUCCCACCUCCUCCUGCCCCCAUCUCACACAUAGAUGACACAGACCCGGUCCCAGAGGAGCAGGAACUUGAGGCCUACGUCUCUGACUCAGACUCCGAGUCUGAGUGGCGCGCCAGUGUGGACAUGCUGUCGCCAUGGGAACGGGAGCAUCAGCGACGCGAGAGGGAAGAGUCACGCCGAGUUUUACUGGAGCUCAAAUCCGUCCUGGGGAUUCGAACCUCCGACGGGGAGAGAGACAAACGCAAACUGCUGCUUUUUAGCGAUAAAGCUGCUCUGGCGCAGGUUGCCAGUGAGUUAUCCGAUCAUCACCCAGAAUCCGUAGCAGAUCCGGGUAGCCUGGAGUUCCCGGCCAACCACGCCCCCCACCAUCCCGCUGAGAGAGAGACGGACGAGCCGGAGACGGACGAGCCGGAGAAGGACGCCGUGGUGACCGAAUUUUCCUGCGGCAAUUCAGAGAUGGCCAAGGAAACACAGGAUAACGAAGUCACAGAGGAGGAAACACGGCUUUUCCAAUCAGACGGGCUUAUCGAUGAGGAGGCGGGGCAGGACGGGACACGCCCUCUCGCUCCCAGAAUCCCUGUCUUAUCGGUGAUCGACAGGCUGACGGAACUGCACGGUUCAGAAACGCUUAGCAUGGGCUCGGCUUUGGCUGCUCAGGUCGCCGCUCGCUCUCAUACGUUCUCACACCUGCAGGAGUGCACCUACGGGGACUCGGGAGAGGAGGACGAGGAGCAGGAGAGAGAGGAAGAUGAAGCUAUGCUGCAUGCAGACAGGAAAAAUACCUUAGGGAGAAGCACUGAAGGACCAUAAAUUCUGAACUGGUUACCCCACAUACAGGUUAUUUAUUCCCAUCUGCUCCAGAUUUAUUUAUUCAGAUCAAAAUCAGGACACGGACUUGACUUCAUAAUGUGUGUGUGUGUUUUAUAUGUCAGUCCUAUUGUGUGCCUCCAUGUGUUAUCGUUUACACCCUGUUAAAAAUCCAACAGUCCGUCCAGUUCACCUCAGGUACAGACUAGCAAAUACAGACACGAAUCCUACAGUCGUACACACACGUACACACACACGACGCCUUUCAGUAGAAAGUUAUCUUCAUUGUUGGGCAGAGUUUGGGCUUAGCUGCAUUCCUGAAAUAAGUCCCAUUUCAGUUCUGCAUCGUGCAUUUGUCAUGCAGUGAGUUUGUGCUGAAUAAAGAGUUCUGAAAAAGUCUG